CACAAUAUUGCUAUUUCUCAACAUUAGACUCUACUCAGGAGGUUAUAUUUCGUAGACAUGACUUUGUUUUAAAAAUACCAUUAAACCACCAGAUUAAUUAGACUGUUUAAAUAUAUUUUCGUCAUAUAGUAUUCAGAAGUUAUGUUAGACAAGAAGAAGGUUUUGUUGUUAUCUACCACACUACUAAUUGUACUAAGCUCCUUUGGAGUUGUUGGACAAUUCAUGCCAUUGUCAUCGUUGGAAAAGUAUUAUGAUCUAGAGAGAAAGCUGUUUGAUCACUUCGAAACUCAUGUGAAACAACAAAAAUCCCUCUUAAACGUACUAAAAACGCGAUACAAACACCACCUCAGUAUGACAGAGAAUGUGACCGAUGCUGAGGCCUACAUCAGCAAUCCACUGAACAUGCUGAGUCUCAUGAGAAGAAUGACUGCUGACUGGAGCAUCACUUUGGCUCUGCUCAAUAGAUCCAAUACAGGUGAAGAAAGGAUUUUGCCUGCUAUAAACGAGUAUACGAAUGCAGUGGAUAGUAUCAACAAGCUUCAACAGGUCUACCAACUAGACAUGAAUGAUUUGAGCUCUGGAGUGUUAUUCCAGAAUACCCACAAGUCCUCACAAUUAACAGAAUCGGACUACCUUUACAUAGGUCAGCAUCUCUACUCAAAGAAACGAUUCUCUGACGCGAAGCGAUGGUUCGAGAUGGCUCUCAAACAAAGGAAAGAUACAAAGGGUGAUGAACUAGCAAAGGGUAGCAAAAGACUCACAGAACAGCUCCUGGAGUACUUAGGUCUCACAUCCUGUUUUGUAGGUGACCGUGAAGGAUCAGCCCAAUAUUUUCAGAAGUUGUACCUUAGCUAUCCAGACUUCCGGCCCAGUAAGGAUUUGAUAGACCAUCACAUUUCAACUUUGAACACAAGCUGUGUGGAACUUGCAGAGGGGUAUGCGUCAUGGAGGAGAGAUAAUGAAAUGGUACCAGGCCUGUCCAAAGAGGAGGAUGCACAGCUGACUGCACAGUAUCAGGCGACAUGUCGAGGAGCCCUGAUCCCCAUGGGGUCACCGCUAUAUUGUUACUUGCACAGCUCUCCACACCUAGUGCUGAGGCCUAUGAAAGUGGAGGAACUCCACCUGGAUCCCCCCAUCACAAUGAUCCACGACUUCCUUCCCACUGAGGAGGGAAAGUUUUUCAUCAAUACUGCAAUGUCAAAAGAAGAGCCACAUAGGUACGGUGGGCUGGUGUCACGUUGGUGGGAGUACUUCAAGGACUUAGGAGAGUACGGCAAGAAGUUGAUGAAGCGAGUUGCAGAUGUCAUCCCCCUCCGAGUUCUCAGUGCGUUCAUGAUCACCAACCUUCCAGUUGCGGCGGAUGACUACAUAGUCCACCAUGUGGCGAUCGGCGAGGACCAAAAAUCUGUAGAAAAUAGGAAAGCAAGUUUAAUGAUUUAUCUAGAAGAGCCGGAAGAAGGCGGCUCCUUGGUUUUCCCUCGGUUAGGCCUCUCUGUGACACCCACCAAAGGUUCUGCUGUGCUCUGGUACAAUUUCCUCCCUGAUGGACAAGUAGAUCUUCGUACCAUCCACGGUCACUGUCCGAUCCUUAAGGGAAACGCUUGGAUCCUUACUUUGUGGCUUGGAAGAAAAACAGCAGAUUUGUCCCUAACAUGAGUCGUGUGACUGCAGCAAGUUAAAAAAAAACGUGCUUAAUAGAAUUACAUAUAGUUCUCCUUUGUGUUGUAACAACUACUUUACUAAAUAAAAGCAAUAUUUCGGUGGUG